GACUCUCCGGCAGCAUUUAGACACAGCGAAAGGAUCAUGGCGGAUGGCCCCAGGUGUAAGCGCAGAAAGCAGGCGAACCCGAGGAGGAACAACGUGACCAACUACAACAAUGCGGUGGAGGCCGGCUCAGAGUCCGAUGACGAGGACAAGCUGCACAUCGCGGAGGAGGAAGGCAGCCUGGCGGACGGGGCCGACGGCGACAGCACCCCGCCGGAAGAAAAGCACCCCAGGGAGCACUGCUGGGACGGAGUGAAGGAGGAUUGCACGUCGGACGCUGAGGACGACGGGAGCACGGACGCCCUCGUGGAGGAGAUGCUGCAGCAAGGGGACACGGCCGUCAUCUACCCAGAGGCCCCGGAGGACGAGCAGCAGCGCCAGGACCCCGACGCCGGCGUCCACGACGAGAACGGAACUCCCGAUUCGUUCUCUCAGCUGCUCACCUGCCCGUACUGCGCACGAGGCUACAAGCGUUACAGCUCCCUGAAGGAGCACAUCAAGUACCGGCACGAGAAGACGGAGGAGAGCUUCAACUGCCCCGAGUGCAGCUACAGCUUUGCGUACCGCGCUCAGCUGGAGCGGCACAUGACGGUCCACAAGGGCGGACGGGAUCAGAGACACAUCACACAGUCGGGAGGCAAUCGUAAAUUCAAGUGCACUGAAUGUGGCAAAGCAUUUAAAUACAAGCACCAUCUGAAGGAGCACCUACGCAUCCACAGCGGAGAGAAACCCUACGAGUGCUCCAACUGCAAGAAGCGCUUCUCCCACUCAGGCUCAUACAGCUCCCACAUCAGCAGUAAGAAGUGCAUCAGCGUCAUCUCAGUCAACGGCAGGCCGCGCUUGGGGAACGCCAAAACCCAGGCCCCGUCGCCGGCGCUGCCCACGUCACCCUCGGCCCUCCGCACCCAGAUCAGGGAGAAGCUGGAGCACAGCAAGCCCCUCCAGGAGCAGCUGCCACUUAAUCAGAUCAAGACCGAGCCGGUGGACUACGAGUACAAGCCGACGUUUCUAACGUCCCAAGCCAAUGCUGCCAUGAACGGUGGGGUUUUCAAUGGAGGUGCCGCUGCUCCUCUGCAGGGCACAGUGCAGGCCGUGGUCCUGCCCACUAUGGGGCUGGUGUCUCCCAUCAGCAUCAACCUGGCAGACCUGCAGAAUGCACUCAAAGUGGCGGUGGAUGGUAACGUCAUUCGCCAGGUGCUGGAAAACAAUGCCAAAGGCCAGGGGCAGGUGAACUCGGGGUUAACCACUGGAAUGCUCCAUCCCGGACAGCAGCAACUCAUCUCAGCCAUCAGUCUGCCCAUUGUGGGUCAGGAUGGAAAUGCAAAAAUCAUCAUAAACUACAGUUUGGACCCCAACCAGGGCCAGCUCAUGGCCCAUAACCUGAAGAAAGAGCCUGAGCCCACCUCACCAGGUCAGACCACCACUGACAACUUCAAGUCCCAGAAACUCCCUGAGGAUCUAACCAUCAGGGGAGCCAGGCCCAAUGAAACUAAAGAAAAAGAGGAAAAGACCACUAAAACUUGUCUCCUGUGUGAUAACUGUCCCGGUGGGCUGGAAGCACUCCAUGCCCUCAAGCACUGCAAGAAGGACGGUCUCAGGCUGAACGGAGCGGGCCUGGAUAAGUCUGAGUCUGCUGUCGCUGCCUUGCUAUCAGAGGGAGGACUCUGCAACCAGCCCAAGAACCUCUUGUCCCUGCUCAAGGCCUACUUUGCCUUAAAUGCAGAGCCCACUAAGGACGAGCUGGCGAAGAUCUCUGACUCAGUCAGUCUGCCAAUCCAUGUGGUUAAGAAGUGGUUUGACAAAAUGCAGGAGGGUCAGAUAUCACUGGGUGCCCCGACACCUCCCUCGGAGGAGGAGGACACCUGUGAAGCUAGCAGCGUGGUGUCGCUGGUCCCAGGGAAGGACAAGGCCAAUAUGAGCCCUUCCGGGACCCAGGGCAGCCCAACAGAAGCCACCCCAGCAGAGGUCAAUGGCUCUCACAGCACGGCGGCCUCCCCCUCACCACUAAACUUAACAGCUGGCGGUCCCGUCCCAGCCCGGCCUCCCCAGAGCACUGAGGGACCCUUAGACCUGUCGCUGCCAAAGCCCGCCAGAGAGGAAGCAGAGAGAGUGUUGGCUGUAGCCCGCAUUUACCCCUCCCUUUCCUCUGGCUCUACCAGUGUGGAUGAACCCCUAAACUUAACUUGCACAAAGAAAGAGGCAUCGCCACUCUCAGCCAUGGGCGCCAGCCCCAUUGCACUGUACGCCAGCCAGCCAGGUGCCAAACACCUCGACAUUGUGACCACAAUGCAAUGCCUACGGGCACUCGCCACUAACAACAAACAGACUAUCCUGAUCCCCCAGCUGGCUUACACCUAUACCACUACAGCAAGCAGCCCUGCUGGGACCCAGACGCAGGAAACCAUCCACCUCAACGGAGUGAAGGAGGAGAAGCAGGACACGGGCUCAGAGGGCGUGUCCACGGUGGAGGAGCAGAACGACUCCGACUCGGGCCCCCCGCGGAAGAAGAUGAAGAAGACUGACGGCGGCAUGUACGCCUGCGACCUGUGCGACAAGAUCUUCCAGAAGAGCAGCUCGCUGCUGAGACACAAAUACGAACACACGGGGAAGCGACCUCACGAGUGCGGCAUCUGCAGCAAGGCCUUCAAACACAAGCACCACUUGAUCGAACACAUGCGCCUCCACUCGGGGGAGAAGCCGUACCAGUGCGACAAGUGCGGCAAGCGCUUCUCCCACUCGGGCUCCUACUCCCAGCACAUGAACCACCGCUACUCCUACUGCAAGAAGGAGACGCAGGGCCAAGGCGAAGGCCGGGAGAGCCCAGAGGAGGACGCCGAGGCCCGGGCCGAGAUGGAGGCCCUGAGCCGGCUGGAGCGGCUCCUGGCGCCCUCCCAGCUGGACCUGGACGAGCGGGGGAGCAGCGCGAGGGAGGACGAGGAGAGCGAGGAGGAGGAAGAGGGCGCGGUGGACAUGGAUGAUAUCCAGGUGGUGCAGAUAGGGGACGAAGGAGGGGAUGAAGAGGAGGAGGAGGAAGAGAGGAAUGAGGAGGAGACGGAAAGAGUGUUGGAGGAGGGAGAAGGAGAGGAGGAGGGAGAGAGAGUAUUGGAGGAGGGAGGAGGAGAGGAGGAGAGGAAUCAGAAGGAAAUGGAGAUGGAGACAGAACUAGUGGAGGGAGAAAGAGAGGAGGAGAGCAAUGAGGAAGAGAUAGAGAGAGUAUUGGUGGAGGGAGGAGAAGAGGAGGAGAAGACAGAGAUGGAGGCCGAAGAGGAAUACGAGGAAGCUGACUCAAGGCGGGAGGAGGUGCUCGCGAGCAUUCAGGAAGAGGAGGAGGCCAAGGAGGAGGAAGAGGAGGCGAUGGAUGCAGAGGAAGGGGUGACGGAAGAGGGGAAAGCAGAGGGGGAGGUCACAGAGGGGAGUGGAGGCGAAACAGACACGGUUUCUGGAGAGCAGAACCAGACGCUGCAGGAGAAAGGAGAUACUGACUGAAAGAGGAAUCCGACUCCUCCACGAGACACAAUCAGAUUCCUCCUCUCCCCGUGUGGAGGAAGAACACAGGAGAUGAUGUCCGGUCACUCUGACAGUUCCUUUCAGUUCACUACUGUGUAGAAAUCCAGGUGUGCCUGAAAAAAAUACUAGUGACUUUUUGCGCAGGAGAGCUGUUUCUCGCUGUCCCAAAAUAAAAAUAAAUCAAUUUGUAAAGAAAAAGAUGAAGACAAACAGAAAUUUUAACAAACGAAGGAAAUGCAUUAUACAGACUUUGGAAGCUAGAGCCGACACGUUUUAGAUAAUGUUUUAUUACUAAAACACCUUGGGUCAUUUCUUUUUAUCAGUGUUACUAAUUUUAUCACUCAUAUUUUAACCUUUAAAAGCUGUACAGUUGGGAGAUAUUUCUAUACCUUUUUAUUGCCAAUGAACAAAAAAAAAAAAGUCAGUAUUUUAUUAAGUUGGAAGGAAAAUAAGACAAAUCCUGUGCACUACAAGUGGCUUGGUUUACCUAUGGAUUGAGCAGUUGAGUUGUGUUGCCCACCCUUCAGUAUUACCGCACUAGAUAUACCACGCCAUCACGCUAGCAGAUGUUAGCAUUACGUUUCAUUUUUGAUGUUCUUUCCAUUGGAUUGUGAGCCUUAAGAAGAAUAGCAAAAGAGAGUGGACGGGUCUUUUUAGUCAUUUACUUCCUUUUAGACUUUAAGACUCAUUGUUGUCAAAGUUCCUUUUACAGAUCAGUGUUUUAUAGUUAAAAGUUUGACAUUUUUUGGGGGGGGGAAACUAUUUAUUUUCUUUGUGAGAGCUAGAUGAAAAGAAGCCACAUAUCUGUCUGAUGAAUAUACAGCUACAGCCAGCAGCUGCUAUGCUUGGUUUAGCUUAUUUAGCUUAGCCUAGCUGUGCGUAGUUUAACUUUUAUUAUCUUGGCUUAGCUAAUCUCAGUUUUGUAUGAGGACCAGAACAGGAUAAAAGCUAGCUAAAGCUAAAUCUAACGCUACUAAAGCUAGCAGUUACUUCCCGCUCAUCUACUGUUCCACACUCCAGUCCAGUAGGUGGCGGUAAUGCAUGCUGGACUAUUUCUGACUCCCAGACAGGGCCAGGCCAGCUCUUUUCCCCCAGUGUGUAGUAAAUAUGGCCAACGAGGCUAAUCAUCUCCUGGAUUUAGCUGCAUAUUUACAGACAGAUAAGUGUGUAGUGUAGAUCUUCUCAUCUAAUUCUCAUCCAGAAAGCAAAUAAGGGUAUUUUCCUAAAAUGUGGAUCUACUGCUUUAAGUGUUCAGAGUGGGCAGAAAGAUGAUCAAGAAGACGUCUGACCCUCCCUAUGCCUCCCCUUACUCCGAGCCAUAUGCAAAAAAAAAUAAAAAAUCUAACUAAACAAGAGAAACAUGAAUAUCAAAAGUGCCAUUGAAUAUUGCUGUUGAAGCUUAGCAGCUCGUGAUCAGGUAUUGCCGGGGUCCCAGAUCAACCAAUAAGCCGGAAUACUGUUGACUUUGGCUCGCCACCUGAGAGAGUAGAGUAAGGUCUACUGCGUAUUCAUCAGUCCUAGAUUUUUAGAGAAGUUGCUUUUGUUUCUAAUCCGAGCAGCUAAAAGAGUCACGAUGCACAUGUGUUCAAAUGGAUGAUGAUGAAGUAUGAUUUGUAAUUGCUAACUGUGUCCUGCCUUUUCAAAGCUCAUUCAGUGCACUUGUUUAACACACCAUGAAACGCUCAGAUGUCUCUUCAGGUAACAAAAUGUAGGCAAAUAUGAAUCCCAGGAGUUUAAUUCAACAAUGUUUUUACCUGUCAGUAUUAUUUCUUUUGUCUCUUAUGUUGUUUUAUGUUCUGGUUCCUUGUGUGUACUGUAUGUUUUCAGCAAUGGCAGUAUUAUCCCCACCCCCAAGGAGAUGGGUAUGUCUGUUUAGUCAUAGAGAACUUUUAUAUUUAUGUGUCUUAUUUUUUAUAUUUCUUUAUGGUUAUUUAUUACACAAUGUAGUGUACAAGACUGUAGUUUGUAUUAAUACGAUAAUAUAUUUUAGUAUGGAAAACAAAAGGCAAAUAACUACGAGCCUGGAAAUUGAGACUCCAGCAUACUGAAGUAUGUUUUUCGAACAAAUAAAAUGAAGUUUUUCCUCGGAAAAGAGAACAACUCGCACCCUGCAAGCCUGAAAAUUGGAACCUGUGACCUCUGUGCAUCCAUUCUCAUGUUAGUUUUCUUUCCCCUCUCUAAUAUGAAGCUACUGAACUUUUGAAAACUAAUCGUAUGUCUAAUAGCAUGAGUGUGUGCUGUUUUAUUGAAGGAUUACCCUUAACCACACAAACUGUCCUUUUUGCCAAGCCAAAAUAAUAUUGACAUUUGUUCUUAUGUUUUUAUUUGUGCCAAUUUGUUACUUUAUGUCAGUGUCAAGACCAUGCCCACUUUUAUAUACCCCUCCCCCUUAUACCACCCUCAUCUUUUUUUUAUAGUGAUUGUUGUUUUUGUUUGUUUUUUCUUUUUUUUGGUUCAUUUUUUUAUGACUCCCCAUCUCACAAUAAAAUACAUCAA